UGGCAUUGAAUACGAUUGAACAUUUUGCAAUACUAUGUGAUGAUAUAGAUGCUUGUCUAAAUUUCAGUUGGCCCGAGGACAAUCAUGACCUUCUUAACAUGCCAUUUAACGAAUUACAAUCUUUGUUAGUUUCAGUUAAAAUUAUCAAAUGCAAAAUCUCUGAAGAACUAUAUGAAAUUGUUGAAGGGGAUAAGAAAUAUGAUAAUUCAAGAGUCUCUUUGUUAAAAAUAACUCGAGCAAAUUCAAAAAAACGGAUUGAAGCAAUACAGAAAAGAAUGCAACAAAUAGAACGUGACACAAUGAGUUCAUUUGUAUCAUCAUCACCCACUGAUUUCGGUUCUCGCUUGUCUGAAUCCGUAGAAAAUGAUACUCUCACUAUGGAUCGUGAUCCUUCAACAUCUUUAUAUUUCGAUAAAGAUAAAAACACUUUAUCGCCAACAGAUUCACCUGUUUAUCGUGUACUACAUGAAACUUUCAAGUUGGCCACGUUUCGUCAGAAUCAAUUGAAAGCUAUCGAUGCUGCUCUAAAUGAUCAAGAUGUCUUUGUUCUAAUGCCAACUGGUGGAGGCAAAAGUCUUUGUUAUCAGCUGCCAGCGGUUCUAGACAAUCAACGAUCUCACAAAAUAACAAUAGUUAUAUCUCCUUUACUAUCACUGAUACAAGACCAAAUCUUGCGAUUAAAUAGUCUUGGAAUUCCUGCUUUAGAUUUGCAAGGGAAUCAAA